AUGUUUAUUUUCCAGGCAUUCACUAUGAAGUAUCAAGUUGUGAUGCUGCUGGCAUGUGCGGCCGCAGCAAGCGCUACCUUAGAAGUCGUAAACCAAUGGAGUUUGAUGCAAUUUGACUUUCCUCCAGACCCAGUUCUUCUGGAAAAAUUUCAACCUGAGAACACGGUACCUACGGGGCUUGAAAUAGGGUGGGAUAGGUUAUACUUGGGCAUUCCUCGUCUAAGGGCUGGAGUGCCGGCGACAUUGGCGUGGAUACCCCGCAGCUUGCCACAGGGUGUUAGUCCUGUUCUUCAGGCGUACCCUGAUUGGUCGUGGCAUUCUGCCGGCCGUGGUGACAUCAACUGCACCGGACUGAUCUCCGUUUACCGGAUCCGAGCUGACCGCUGCAAUAGACUGUGGGUGUUGGACGCCGGCGUUGUCACGAGUAUCGAUGACUUCCGCCGCGUGUGCCCACCUAAGAUUCUCAUUUUUGACAUGGCUACUGACAGGCUGGUCCGAAGUGUAUACUUCCCCCGAGAACUGCUACGGCCCAGCUCUCUGCUUACUAAUAUCGUGCUAGAUGAUACCAGAUCUUCAUCAUCUCGCCCAUCGUCAUCGUGUGACCAUCUCUUCGCUUACAUCAGUGACACGGUGGCUCCAGGGAUAAUUGUGUACGACGGCCGCCGUGACAACGCAUGGCGUGUGACCCACGCUUCUAUGUACCCAGAUCCAGACUUGGGAGAAUAUGACAUUAAUGGUGAAAAAUUCACGCUCAUGGACGGAGUCGUGGGGCUCGCCCAUUCGCCUGCGCAAGGACUUCUUUACUACCAACCGCUAGCUACAGACAGAUUAUUUAGCAUAUCCACAGCAGUGUUAGCGUCAGGCCCACCUGCCGAAGGUACCGACCUUCCCGUGAACCUCGUGGGGCGCAAAUCAUCUCAAGGCAUUGGUGUAGCGGUGGACCCACGCGAUGACACUAUCAUCUUCAGCCCUUUGACUGAGACGGCCAUUGCAGCUUGGAAUCCUAUUAGUAACUCUCACAAGGUGUUGGCGCAAGAUGCCGAAAAAUUGCAGUUUUGCGCGGAGGUGAGGUGGGCGGAACGUGACAACGGGGCUGUGUGGGCUCUCUCUACACGCUUCCACAAGUUCUUCCGUCGCUCCGCUUCGAAACACGAGAUCAACAUUCGUAUUCUACGUGUGUUUGACAACAACUUCGUGUCGGUGCAGUCGCAUGUCCUGCGUCGUUCAGCUAGACAAGCUAACGCUACUUUCGUUUAA